AAUAUUUAGAACGGUUCAAACCGCGACUCUCAACCCACCAAGACAAAGAAGAAGAAGAAGAAGAAAAGACUUUGCAGUUUCCAUGGAGGCCGAAGCUUCAGCGUUUGAGACGAGUGAGAUGGUGGCGACGUUCGUGGCGUCAACUCCAUUAGUGAGCGAGUCAUGGAGGCUAUGCAGCCUCGCCAACGCGACGGCGCCGAUGGGAUUCGUGACGGAGAAAACGGGAGACGGCGUCGGAUACUUGGCGUUCUCCGGCGUCCAAACUGGACACUCAAUCUUAGACCCCAACUGGGCGUCCCUGGUUCCCUUGGAGACCGCCGGCCCCGGGCUCUUCGGACCGCUGGUGUGCGGCGGCGAAGGCGAAGAUUAUCGGAAUCCGGUCAUGGUCCACGCCGGCCUUUUGGAACUGUUCAUGUCCAUGUAUCGCUCAGAUACUUUAACAAAUCAGAUAUUGGCACUAAAGGAUAACUGCAAGGCCAUAGUCAUCACUGGCCAUUCUUUAGGAGGAACAACAGCCUCACUUUUAGCACUUUGGCUCCUAUGUCAUCUCCAAUCAGUGUGUGUUACCCCUCCUGUCCUGUGCAUCACAUUCGGAUCUCCAAUGCUCGGAAACGAUUCCCUUUCCCGAGCCAUCCUCCGAGAGAGAUGGGGCGGAAACUUUUGUCAUGUGGUGUCCAAGCAUGACAUCAUGCCAAGGCUGCUCUUUGCUCCCUCAGCAACACUCACUACUCAAAUGCAGCUGCUGCUCCAGCAUUGGCAUUUCGCAAUGAGUUCUACUACUACUACUAUUGCUGCAGCCCUGCUCGGGGACCAAGUCAAAGCCGAAUUCCUGGGAUUCAUAAUGGCUUCUCUUGAGAAUUCAUCGUUGCAAGAAGCAGCCGGAGAAGAGGCUGCAAGUGGCUUACUGUUUUGGCCAUUCGGAAACUACUUGUUGUGUUCACAAGAGGGUGCCAUUUGCUUAGACAAUGCAACAUCUGUUGUUAAGAUGAUGCAUUUGAUGCUGAUGACAUGCUCUCUGAAUGACUUCACCGAAGAUCAUCUCAGAUACGGAGAAUAUGUCCGACGAGUUUCAUCACAGUAUCUGAAGCAAACAAACUUCCUUCAAGAGGAGCUUAAUUGCGAGUCAAGCUAUGAAAUAGGUCUUGCCCUGGCAUUGCAGUCCACAGGAAUCUCUUCCCAGGAACCGGUAGCUACGCUGGCCAAAGACUGCCUAAAGAUCGCAAGGCCAUUGGGGCGCAUACCACGCUUAAACUGUGCUAAGCUUGCUAUUAGCUUAUCAAAAGUUAAUCCCUACAGGGCCCAAAUAGAGUGGUACAAAAUGUGCUGCGACGAGUCUGAUGAUCAAAUGGGGUACUAUGACGCAUUCAAGCGAAGAGGAUCCUCAAAACGGGGCGACCAAGUUAACAUGAACAGGCACAAGCUUGCUUCAUUCUGGGAUAAUAUUAUUGAGCAGUUGCAAAAUAAUCAACUGCCGUAUGAUUUUCACAGGAGAGCCAAAUGGGUCUGUGCCUUCCAGUUCUACAAACUAUUGGUUGAGCCGCUCGACAUUGCUGAGUAUUACAGAAAUGGAAAGCAUAAAGUUGAAGGACAGUACUUGAAAAAUGGAAGGCCUAGGAGGUUCCAAAUUUCUGAUUGGUGGUGGAAAGAGUUCCGGGCAAACAAGGAAGAAAAUAGUUCGAGAACCAAGUUUGCGAGUCUGACUCAAGACUCGUGUUUUUGGGCAAGAGUUGAGGAAGCAUGGGAGUGGUUAGCUAAUCUUCAGACUGACAAUGAUGCAAGCAAGCAAGAAAUGUGGGAGAAUAUCAAUAACUUCGACGGGUAUGCACGAGGAUUAAUUGAACUUAAAGAGGUGUCCGAAGACGUUUUGGCAAAGAAUUCAAGCUACACUUUGUGGACUGAAGAACUGAGAAAGCUGAGUUCAGCACUGGUUUGUCCUGCACCUCUCUCGCAUUAGGGGUAGUCCUAAAGUUACUGCCUUAGUUUCCAUGUUCUAGAUUUGGGGAAGUAGUUCUUUAGCUUAGCUUACGUAUUUGUAUGGCAGGAAAUUUCCCAUCUUUUCUGAUUCCUACUUUAUAUUGAAAGAACAACUAAUAUAUUGCUUAA